UGCAGCCAACUUCCACUUUGUUUGGGAUGUUUUCACUUUCAGGGCAUCUUAUUCUGAGUCAAGAUUCCUCCUUCUGAACAUGGGACUUUCCAGAAGGGCCACAGCUCCUUCUGAGCAUCCCACAGGUCUGGGAUGUUCUGGGCUUUGACUGCGAAGGGAGUUUACGUGCCUCUCCAGUGGAGGAUGGCUGUGGGAUCCCUGUGGAGUCUGCUUCUCUGGAAAGCACUGCUUCCAGUUGCAGUCACUGGCGCCCAAGUGCUGAGCAAGGCGGGGGACUCCGUGCUGCUGGCAGCUGAGCAGCCCCCCGGUUUCCAAGUGCGCGAGGCCAUCUGGAGAUCUCUCUGGCCUUCAGAGGAGCUCCUGGCCACAUCUUUUCGGGGAUCCCUGGAGAUGCUGUACCACUCCCGCUUCCUGGGCCGAGCCCAGCUGCACAGCAACCUCAGCCUGGAGCUCGGACCCCUGCAGGCCGGGGACAGUGGCAACUUCUCCGUGCUCAUGGUGGACACCGGUGGCCGGAUCUGGACCGAGACCCUGCAGCUCAAGGUGUAUGAUGCGGUACCCAGGCCCAAGAUUCAAGUCUUCAUCGCUGUAGCAGGGAGCGUUCAGCCCCCCAACACCUGCCAGGUCUUCCUGUCCUGCUGGGCCACCAACAUCAGUGACAUAACCUAUAGCUGGCGACGGGAGGGAACGAUGGACUUUGGUGCUGGAACACACAGCCUCUUCACAGACGGACAGGUCCUGAGCCUUUCUCUGGGACUGAGAGACAAGGAUGUGGCCUAUUCCUGCAUUGUCUCCAACCCUGUCAGCUGGGACUUGGCCACAGUCACCCCGUGGGAGAGCUGCCCUCGGGAAGCAGCACCAGGGACGGCCUCCUACAAGGACGUGCUACUGGUGGUCGUGCCGAUCUCACUGCUGCUGCUCCUGGCGGGCGUCUUCUCCGUGUGGCACAGCGGCCUCUGCUCAGGGAAAAAGAAGAAUGCCCAUACUGACGAAGUGGCCCCAGAGACAGAGAACCCCCUUGUGUAGGAUGUGCCAUGAGGAACAAUAUAAGCUGAUGCCUGGAUCUUGAGGAGCCUCCCUGUCCAAGCACAUGAUGAUCAGGAACAUAGCUGGUCCGUAAAGACCUCCAAAGUCCUCAUACCUUCCAGGAGACUCCUGUUGUACCUCCAAGGAACACGCUGGACAACCAUUACACUAGAAGCAUAAAAAGUACUGGCACAAACUUUCAUGCUUCUCUAUUUCUCCCCUCUUUGCACACUCUGGUCUUCUCUGAGCCAGAUGAGAUUAACAAAGUCUUCCCUCAGGAACACUGGAAGCUCUCCAGGAUCCACAGGGACAUUGGUUGUUCAAGGCAUUCACUCCCCCACUGCUGCAUGAGGUAUUACCUGACCACACCAAACAACUGCCUCUAGCCUGUGUCCUGGGCUCCAAAUGACACUGGACAUUAGCACUAGCAAGAAAACUGAAUCACCCUCUGUGGCCCCAAAUCCAACCAGAUGAUUAAUGUGUUAUCAUAAGAAAUGUCAGAAUUGGUGUAGAUGAGAGAUGAGAGACAAAAGUUUCUCUUUCUGGCCUGAAAAACACUCAGGACACCUGAAUUCAUAGCCCCUCUAAGGAAAAUUCCAGCUACAGAUAACCAAUGAUGCUUGACAUCCAUGGUUAAUUAAUAGACAUCUGUUCAUUAACCCAAUUAAUAGACAUCUUCACCAUUUCCAUUGACCCUCGCACCUCCUAAAGGACGUGGGGAGAUUCUCUCUUCAUUCUUUAGCACAUUGGCCAGGAAAAGAAACACUGAAUUGUCCUAGCCAACAGGAAGUUCUUGAGCAACUCUAAGAAUAGCAGCUGAACUCAAGAGAAGUCUUUCUCCUUGAGACUUGAAGAGGGAAGAACCAGGAAGGACACCAAGCCAUUUUAGAAGCUUCCACGUUGAUUUUCAGAAGCAAGUGCAGAAGAUCUAACCAAAUUCAGGGGGAGAGACAAAGAUCUGCUCUGUGGGAGGAUUGUCAAUAUCACUUCCACAUGAGAUGGGAAAUGUUACCGUGGUCAUCCCUGGAAAAAUACAUUCUGCCACCAAGCAACUCCAUCUGGAAAAGCUCCAGACUAUUCAUUGCCACUGGGAAAAACUUGUUGAGCUAAAUUUACAU